AAUCAGUAUGGAGCGACAUUCAAGCUUGAUUACAGUCUGGUGUAUUGGAAUUCAAGACUGGAUCAUGAACACAUAAGAAUUGUAUCUAAUUUCCGACCAGGGGAAACCAUAUGUGAUAUGUUUGCUGGCAUUGGCCCUUUCGCAAUCCCAGGUGCUCAAAAGGGGUGCAUGGUGUAUGCACAUGACCUAUACCCAGAUAGUGUCAAGUAUAUAAAGAUCAAUGCGCAGUUGAACUAAUUGGAUGACCUUGUUCAUACUUUCAACUUGGAUGCGGGGAAAUUUAUUUCUCAAAUGACGUCUUUGCCUGAAUCCAAAACUAGUUUGGAAUCUGAUGUCAAAACUAGUUUGGAAUCUGAUGUUCUUACUGAAGAGUGUGAGAUCAAUAGGGAACUGUCAAAGCAGGAAGCUGAGUCAGAUGGGACCCCAGUACCCAAUGACAAUGUAAGCUAUGGUGAUGGUCUGAAAGGUUUAUGUACUGGUGCAGUCACAGCUGCUCCUGCAGCCAAAAGACCAUUAGAUACUUCUAAAGAAGGUGCCAAUGCCAAAGAUUGCAAUGUACUUGUAUCUUGCAAAAGAAAAGGAAAUAACAACAAGCGAAUCAGGGCCACUGAGUUGUCCUAUUCUAAGACACGGAAGCACGUUGAUCAUGUGGUUAUGAACCUUCCUGCAUCUGCUCUCACAUUUUUGGGUGGCAAAACGUGCCCUUAGCGAGUCAAUAUUCCACAGGGUUAGGGAUGUGGCUCCGAAUAAGGCGAUGUACUGCCUUAGUUUCAGGCUGCCGGAAGCAUGCUUUAAGGAAGAUUCCCAUAACUCUAGUCGGCCUGCUGAAGGGAAGUCGUAAGCGCUGUAGGAACAAUUACGCGGGGGGCUAAACACGGCCUCUCGCCUAACUAUUAAGAAGGUAUUUAAUUUUAACUCGAUCGAAG